AUGGUAAGCAAGAAUAAGAAAAGAUUGAAGGCGCAGAAGAGGAAAGUUGUAGAAUGUGAAGAGAUCAAUGUGAUUGAAGUUCCCUCUCGAAAACCUCGAUUGGAUGGCAAUAAUGGGACUCCCCUGGCUGGAAAAGAAAAUGGGACGAAUGCGAAAGAAAGUCAGUGCUUCUCCAUUGAAAAGUUUGAACUUUGGCCACAGUAA